AUGCCUGGCAUGGUGUUGUGGGUGCCUGGUGUAGGGUUGGGUGGGGGUGUCUGGCGUGGGGUUGGGGGUGUCGGGGAUGGGAGCCCCGUGGAGGCUGAGCAGUCCCCUGCUCUGUCUCCAGGCACUGGCGAGAGUGGGAAGAGCACCUUCAUUAAGCAGAUGCGGAUCAUCCAUGGCGCUGGCUACUCGGAGGAGGAGCGCAAGGGCUUCCGGGCCCUGGUCUACCAGAACAUCUUCGUGUCCAUGCGGACCAUGAUUGAGGCCAUGGAGCGGCUGCAGAUCCCCUUCAGCAGGCCCGAGAGCAAGCACCACGCCAGCCUGGUCAUGAGCCAGGACCCCUAUAAAGUGACCACCUUUGAGAAGCGCUACGCCGUGGCCGUGCAGUGGCUGUGGAGGGACGCCGGCAUCCGGGCCUGCUAUGAGCGCCGGCGGGAGUUCCACCUGCUGGAUUCAGCCGUGUACUACCUGUCCCACCUGGAGCGCAUCACGGAGGAGGGCUAUGUCCCCACUGCUCAGGACGUACUCCGCAGCCGCAUGCCCACCACUGGCAUCAAUGAAUACUGCUUCUCCGUGCAGAAAACCAACCUACGGAUCGUGGACGUCGGAGGCCAGAAGUCAGAGCGUAAGAAAUGGAUCCAUUGUUUUGAGAACGUGAUCGCCCUCAUCUACCUGGCCUCGCUGAGUGAAUACGACCAGUGCCUGGAGGAGAACAACCAGGAGGUGUGUGCCACUGCCUCCUUCACCCUUCCCACUUGUUGACCCGGGGACCCUCAUCCCAGCAGGAAGCUCUAAUGCAGAAAGCGAGAUGUCCCUGCUUUCCAAUGAGCCUGUGUGCCCAGCACGGCUUUGAACUUGACCUUUCAUCCUUUUGUGUCAAAUUGCAGCAAGACACAGACCCACAGCAUUUGUCUGGCCAGGACCCCAGACACACACACACAUGCACUACACACACAUGAACACACACACACAAUGCACACACACGCACAUGCACUAUACAUGUACAUAAACACACACUCAUGGGUGUAAUACAUGCACAUGCGCACACACACGUGCACAUGUACACAAGCACUGUACAAUAUAUGCAUGUGAA